CAAAAUGGCGCCUACGUAAUCUUUUCGUUUGUGUGGUUUUUCAAGCAUAUCGUGGCAAAGUGUUGUCGUGCGCAUCGGGAUAUAAUUUCAGAAGCUCUGUGCAACGGUGGACAUCGUCGUACAUCCUCAGUGUCGCGACAAUGACUUGAUUCAAGCGUUCCGCGUCGUGCCAGUGUCGAAAUAAGGAACGUGCGUCACCUCGUUUGUGAACUUCGUGAAACUCCCUGCGCCGUUGUCGACAAUGGCGCGCGACAAGAAGAGGCGCCGAUCACUCUCCCGCAGUUCGUCCAGCUCGCCAGAGAGGAUCAGUAGUAGACGACGCCGAAACCGAUCCCGAAGUCGUGACCGACGCCGCCGAAGCAUCGAGCGUCACCGACGUUCACGGUCUCGCGACCGCCGCCGAUCGCCGAGGGACAGGUAUCGUCGAUCGCGGUCGCGCGGUCGCCGGACUUUCUCGCGGUCCCGCUCGCGGUCCUACACGCGGUCUCGUUCCCGCGACCGCCGCUCCAAGAGUCACGACGGCAAGCGCUCGCGUAGCCACGACCGCGAUGACAAGAAGGGUGAGCAGCCCGCCUUGUCGGCCCUGGCUGCCGCGACCGCAGCGGCCGCUGCGGUCACCGGAGCCCUGGCCGCCGCCGAAAACACCACCCUGGACAAGAACGCGCAGCAGCAGCAGCUCGACCUGGAAAUGCAGAAGCGGCGGGAACGGAUCGAAAAGUGGCGCCAGGCGCGCAAGAAGACAGAACAGGCAGCCGUUGCCGCCCUGGUCCUACCCAUGCCCGGCAAGAAGUGGAGCCUCGAAGACGACGAGGAAGACGACACGGGACCUCCGCCACCGCCCUUGAAGGACGACCCGGACGACGGACCGGGCCCACCGUCGCUGAAGAAGAAGCUGGACCCCGACGAAGCGGACGCCGACACCAAGACCGAAGAGGUCAAGAAAGAGGCCGAGGACAAGCAGGAGGAAGAGGAAGACGACGGCAUCGACCCGUUGGACGCGUACAUGAUGGGAAUCCAGAACGAAGUCAAGCAGCUGAAGGACAAGGCGCUCAAGACUGACGCAGGUGCGGCCGCGCCAGCGCCCGAAAAGGCCAACAACAUGGUUACGAUGAUCGUCGGCGUUGCCAAGAAGAAGGAGGACAAGAAGAAGGGUGAACUCAUGGAGCAGAACGUGGACGCCCUGGAGUACUCGUCCGAGGAGGAGACUGAAGACCUGCAAACGACGAUGAACAACCUGCAGGCUGGAAAGGCGAAGAAACCGGUGUCCGUCUCGAUAGAGGACAUCUCGUACGCUCCGUUCCGCAAGAACUUCUACAUCGAGGUGCCCGAGCUGGCAAAGAUGACACCCGGCGAAGUGGAGACGCUGCGCGCCGAACUGGAGGGCAUCAAGGUACGUGGCAAGGGGUGCCCCAAGCCGAUCCGCAACUGGGCUCAGUGCGGGGUCAGCAAGAAGGUGCUGGAACUGCUGAAGAAGCACGGGUUCGAGAAGCCGACUCCCAUCCAAGCGCAGGCCAUACCUGCAGUGAUGUCUGGCAGGGACCUUAUUGGCAUUGCAAAGACGGGGUCGGGCAAGACGCUCGCAUUCCUUCUGCCUAUGUUCCGACACAUCUUGGACCAAGCGCCGCUGGAAGAUGACGACGGCCCCAUAGCUGUCAUCAUGACGCCGACUCGAGAGCUUGCCAUGCAGAUCACGAAGGAUUGUAAAAAGUUCACAAAGUCGCUCGGCCUGCGUGUUGUUUGUGUGUAUGGUGGCACCGGCAUUUCUGAACAGAUUGCGGACCUUAAACGUGGUGCGGAGAUCAUCGUCUGCACCCCGGGGCGCAUGAUCGAUAUGCUUGCUGCCAACAAUGGUAGGGUGACCAAUUUCCGCAGGACCACUUACGUAGUGUUAGAUGAAGCUGACCGCAUGUUUGAUAUGGGUUUCGAGCCUCAGGUUAUGCGCAUCAUUGACUCUAUACGCCCUGACCGGCAAACCGUCAUGUUUUCUGCCACUUUUCCGCGACAAAUGGAGGCUCUUGCUAGACGGAUCCUAAUCAAACCUAUUGAAAUCUUAGUAGGGGGAAGAAGUGUUGUGUGCAAAGAUGUGGAACAGCACGUCGUCAUUCUUACCCAAGAGGAAAAGUUUUUCAAGCUUCUUGAACUUUUGGGCCUGUACCAGGAUAAAGGCAGCGCCAUUGUCUUUGUGGACAAGCAGGAGCACGCGGACAUCCUUUUGAAGGACCUCAUGAAGGCCUCGCACAACGCCAUGGCUCUCCAUGGUGGCAUUGACCAGUUUGACCGUGACUCCACGAUAGUAGACUUCAAGGCGGGCAAAGUGGGCGUCCUCAUAGCUACGUCAGUGGCGGCGCGGGGAUUGGACGUGAAACACCUCAUCCUCGUCGUCAACUUCGACUGUCCAAACCACUACGAAGAUUACGUGCAUCGCUGUGGUCGGACAGGACGUGCAGGAAACAAGGGCUACGCCUACACUUUCAUCACGGAAGACCAGGGGCGUUACACUGCCGACGUCAUUAAGGCUUUAGAACUUAGCGGCAACCCUAUACCGGAAGACCUGCAGAAACUCUUUGACGAGUACAAAGCGAGACAGGAGGCGGAAGGGAAAAAAGUGCGGGGAGGCAGCGGAUUCUCUGGUAAAGGUUUCAAGUUUGAUGAAGCCGAAUCGCACCUUAAGACCGAGAAAAAGAAGUUCCAGAGGGCUGCGCUUGGUAUUCAAGACUCAGACGAUGAAGAUGCUGAAGGCGACAUCGAUCGUGAGAUUGAAUCCAUGCUUGCACCCAAGAAGCGCAUCAAGGAACUCUUGCCUGGUCCCUCGGUCACUGGACAGGCAACGCCUGCACAGGCUGUGCCAGGUGUGCCCGGCACCAUUGCUGGUGUUGCUGUCCCGCUGGGUGCGGCCGCUACCACUGCAGCUCCAAGCGGCACCGUCUCCGAGAAGCUCGAGAUGGCACGCAUGCUAGCAUGCCGCAUCAACAUGACGCGGACAUUCAGCGCACCUUCCACGCCUGCACCGGAGGUCAUGAUGUCGGCACAGUCCGCGACCGAGGCCAUGCUACGCGGACAGUAUGUGCCGGAGCUCCCGACGCCAGUCAUAUCGGCCAAGACACUGGCUGAACAGCGAGCCGAGAAGCUGCACGCCAAACUCAACUACCAGCCCAAGGUCGUCGAAGAAGAGCCCCCCGAGCCACCUCCCCAGAAGGAGAAGUUCCAGAAGUACGAGGAAGAACUUGAGAUCAAUGACUUCCCCCAGCAGGCAAGAUGGAAGGUCACAUCCAAGGAAGCCAUGGCCCAGAUCAGCGAAUACUCGGAGGCCGGCAUCACGGUGCGUGGCACCUACUACCCUCCUGGCAAAGAGCCGAAGGGCGGAGACCGCAAGUUGUACCUCGCCAUCGAAAGCACGAGCGAGCUCGCCGUCAGCAAAGCACGGGCUGAGAUCAUUCGACUCAUCAAGGAAGAGAUGGUCAAGAUGCAGCAUUCGUACCAACCCAUCAACAGGGGACGUUACAAGGUGCUGUGAGGAAAGCUCUUGUGUGGCCAGGCUGGAGGAAGAAAGUUUCAUGUUACGCUUGAUAUUGUUGUACACUAACCACUGCACAUUUUCAUUCCCAAGCCUGUCAAUAAAUGCGUUGCUGGGCUUUUGAGAA